AUGAGGUCGAUGAAAUUUAAGAGAGAUGAAGGAAUCGAGCUAUGGAGGAGUGUUAAGUUUUCUGUUUCAACGACCAGUGUUACCGGAGUUGCACUUACAUCAACUGCAACAAAGAAAGGCGGUCUGUCAACUGGAGAUGUGGGAGCGGUGUACAAAUAUAAGAACACAUUAGUUGAUGUCAAACUUGACACAGAAUCAAAUAUUGCUACAACAUUAACAUUCACGGAGAUUGUACCUUCAACAAAGACCAUUGCCUCAUUCAAACUGCCUGAUCUCAAAUCUGGCAAGCUUGAAGUUCAAUACUUCCAUCAUCAUGCUUCUUUAACAUCAGUCGUUGCUUUGAGCCAAACCCCUACAAUCGAUCUUUCAGCUACCAUCGGUACUCCAACAUUUGUCAUUGGUGCAGAGGCAGGUUACGAGACCUCUUCUGGUAAAUUGACCAAAUACACUGCCGGAAUCAGCGUCAAUAAACCAGAUUCUAGCGCCUCCAUAGUCCUGGGUGACAAAGGGGACACUAUAAGGGCAUCAUACAUACACCAUAUGGAUCUACUAAAAAAGACUGCUGCUGUAGGGGAGAUUACCAGAAGGUUCUCG